ACAAAUUUUAAAGCCCAAGAAAUACCGUUAUUACUUAAACCUGUCCCAAAAUGGUCUGGCGUAGCAGUUAAGGAUGCUAAAAUGCACCAAAUAUCAUUGCAAGAUUUUAAGGACAAAUAUCUAAUUCUUCUAUUCUAUCCUUGUGAUUUUUCAUUUACUUGUCCGUCCGAAUUAAUUCAGUUCAGUGAUCGAAUAGAAGAAUUCAAAAAUAUUGGAGCAGAGAUUGUUGCAGUCUCAACAGACUCGAAAUUUGCACACUUUGUGUGGACAACAACUCCACGUAAACAAGGAGGAAUUGGCGAAAUUAAUAUUCCAUUAUUAUCAGACAAAAAUCAUAGUAUCUCAAAAAAAUAUGGAGUUUUAGAUGAAAAUUCGGGCAGUCCAUUGGGGGCUCUAUUUAUAAUAGACAAUAAACAAAUUUUACGCCACGUUACAAUAAAUGAUCCAGCGAUUCCACGCUCAGUGGACGAGGUUUUAAGAGUGAUUAAAAAUGCCCAAUUUAUUGAAAAAUAUGGAGACAUUUGUCCCUUGACAUCAAAGGAAAAUUCUCGUUUAUCAGAAAAUGACAAUCGUGACGAUUGUUUUCAAAUUUAAAUUCAAUUUAUAAAUUCUAAAUUCUAACGAAAUUAAAUUGUAACCAAUUUUAAUUUACAAGAAAUUUGAUAAAUAAAAUUCGAUAAAAAAAAAUAUAAUAAUCAAAUUUAAAUUAAACCUAUUAAUUGUAAAUUGUAACGACAUUCAAUAUUGUAACCAAUUUUAAUUUGCAGAAAAUUGAGAAAAUAUUAAAUUCGAUAAAAUUAAUAAAAUAACGAUUUUGUCUUCAAAUUUAAAUUAAAUUUAUAAAUUGUAAAUUAUAGCGGACUAUAAUUCCAAAUGGAC